CAUUAUUAAAAUUUUGAAAAAGUGUAGAGAUUAAUAAAGAGAAUAAGUAUGAAUUAAGAGGUUACCACAGCUAAAAUAUUAUUAAUUAGACAUGCUGAAUCCAUGUUUAACCUCAGUUAAAGAGUUGCUUGCAAUACUGAUAAGGAAGUUCCAGGAGAUUAAGAAUGUCUGGUUACUAAAUUUAAUGAAGAGUUGAUUGAUUGUGGAAUUACACCUUAAGGAUAUGAACAAUGCUAGCAAGCAAGAUAAGUCUGUUAAAAUGAAGAUGUUGCUGUAGUAUUUGUGAGCCCUCUAAGAAGAGCUCUUGAAACUUGUGAAUAAAUUUUCUAAGGACACCCUUCGAAUCCUAAGAUAAUUCCUCACCCAUUAUUUAGAGAAAUGGUUUUAAGUAAUUGCGAUAUUGGUGCAAAAGUUUUAGAAUCAAAAGAGAUUUACAAAAAUGAUGACUUUUCAUUCCUUGAAUAAUAUAAAUAUCCUAAUCUUUGGAGCAUUUAUGAGCUAGUUGAUAAGGAGAAGUCAAGCUAAAUUAUUUAAUAAAUUGAAGAAAAGUGUGGAAAUGAUGAAUAAGAAGUUAUUAGAGUUGGGCAUUUAAAAUUGCUUGAAUUAAUGAAAGAUAUAUAUCCUCAAACUGUAGAAACAGAAUAGCAACAACUUGAAAGAAUCAUAAAGUAAAAAGAACUCCUUAAAAAAACAGCUAAAGAAAUCCCAACUGGUAAAAAAAUUGCAGUAGUUGGUCAUUCUAGAACCUUAUAUUCCUUUACUGCCUAAUUUUGCCAUAAAACUUUAACAGAAUCAAAUGGAAAAUGGUUCCAUAAUGGGGAAGUCCAUGAAUAUGAAAUCUAGCUUGAUUGA